CUUUCCGUUAAUGACCUCAGUGAGUCAGGAGGACCUUGAUUUAACGUCUUUGUUGGAAUCUGCUACACAGUUCUACACAGUGAAGAAGGAAUAAUGCCUCCUAUUAUCCACUAACACUUCCUCUUUCAACAACCUAGUUUCCCCACAGCUCUCCCAACUAUGAAGUGGGAAUUCCAUUGAAAGGUGGUGUUGAUAGAGCAACAUUUAUCUGAGGCUAGACUAUACGUUGCCCUGCAGGACACAGCUCACAGUCACAGUCAGCUCAGGCAUAGUUCACAUUAGGGCACACCACUAUUUGACUGAUACAGACAGCUUGGCCAAGACUCCUGCUUUCACUUUUGAGAUCAGGUCACCUACAGGGAUGCUUAAUACAUUCUCCUAGGGGGCAUGUUCAAAGCUGAGGUACAGCAUCUAAGAUGAAAUCAUAUCUCAGUUUACUUUCCUUGAGACCUCUGAGCUGUCUCCCCCUUGAGGCAUAGGAGUUCAUUAGGCCUAUGUGACAACAAUUACUAUUAAAUUAAACUCCCUUGACAAAUCAGUCAAGUAGCAGAAAUUGACUGCUCUCUCUUUCACCAUUAGCAACUCUGAAUUUGGCUGUACGUCAUACAUAAAUAUUCACCCUUACCAUAGCUAUACACUAGUAUUCAUGCUUAUCAUAGCAGCUUAAGGGAGACAUCUACACUAAAUCCUCUCCUGUUGCUGUUUAUUCCCAGUUCCUGUUCAUCUAAUCUUAUUAAAAGAAAGCCUGUAUCUCCUUAUUGCAGGUACAGCCUGUACCAGUUUCCCAAUUUACAAUAUAUGUACAGAUGUUUCUGUGUGAAAGAUUUAUGGGGGUGUCAGCAGAAGGGUGUCCUUCCAUAUCCUGCCACACAUCAUAUAAAAUCCUGCUUGGAUUUCCCUUCCCUCCCAAGAAUGUAUUUAUAAUCUUGAAAACAUUAAAUGCUUAUUUAGCUACAGCAUGGAAGUGCUGUCUUCACCCAAAUCCUGUUCUCUUUGUAGUAUUAUAGUUUCUCUGUAAUGUUACAUCUUCAGUUCUCUGUUACAGUAUGCAGGUAAGUGUGGUGAAUGGCCUCAGUCAGGUUUUCCUCCAAUGAAAAAACUGACAAGGUUGUUCCUGGAAGCCACUCCCAUGGGUGAUGGUGUGGACCCUUCCAUGGUAUAAGAGCAAUAAUUGGCUCUAGCUAGUAGGAGCUGUGUGUGGCCAUUAGAUAGGUAAUGACCUCUGGCAAUUCAGUCUCACAAUAAGUGCUACCACCUGGCCUUCCUGACUGGCUCCUGAUUGGCUGGCGUCAUGCAUCAAAACUACCCUCGCUAUGUGAUUGACAGGCCGGCCUACUCCUUACCUGUCUUUGACGAGGAGUUUGACAAGAAGAGCCGGAGUUUCCCAGUGGGAGAGAAAGUGAAGAAGUUCUUCCGGUGUUCCCAGGCCCGUCUGAAGUCGCUGCUCUUCAGACAUCUACCUGUGCUCACCUGGCUUCCCAAGUACAAGGUGAAGCAGAACCUGUUAUUUGAUGCCAUCAGUGGGGUCAGCGCAGGAACCAUCCAGGUUCCCCAAGGCAUGGCCUUUGCCCUGCUGGCCAACCUACCUCCGGUCAAUGGGCUGUACUCCUCCUUUUUCCCCCUCAUCCCUUAUUUCUUCAUGGGCACUGCCCAUCAGAUGGUACCUGGGACUUUUGCUGUACUUAGCAUUAUGGUUGGCAUGGUGUGCCUGGACCUGGCACCUGCUUCCGACUUCACGCACUUCAAUGCCACCCUCAAUGCCACCGUGGUGGAUGAGGCGAGGAUGGGCCAGGUCAGGCUGGGCAUCUCAGGCACUCUGGCCUGCCUCACAGCAAUCAUACAGAUCGGCCUGGGCCUGAUGCAGUUUGGCUUUGUGGCCAUCUACCUGUCCGAGUCCUUCGUCAGGGGCUUCAUGACAGCGGCGGGGCUGCAGAUUCUCAUCUCUGUGCUGAAGUACAUUUUUGGCAUCAGCGUGCCCCCCUUUAGCGGACCCCUGGCCACCAUCUACACCCUGGUGGACAUUUUCAGAGGCCUGCCCCACACUAAUGUGGCAUCGCUGGUCUUUGCUUUGGUCAGCAGCGCGGUUCUCAUCCUGGUGAAGGAGCUGAACGCACACUAUCGGCACAAGCUGCCCUUCCCCAUCCCCAUGGAGAUCGUCAUAGUUGUAGUGGCAACAGCCAUCUCUGGCCCCCUGGACAUGCCUAAAAAGUACCACAUGGAUAUCGUCGGGGAGAUUCCCCUGGGAUUCCCCACCCCCAUCUUACCAACAGUGAGCCAGUGGGAGGAUAUGCUGAGCACAGCCUUUUCCCUGGCGAUUGUGGGCUACGUCAUCAACCUAGCCAUGGGCCGGACACUGGCAGCCAAGCACGGCUAUGACGUGGACCCCAAUCAGGAGAUGCUGGCUCUGGGCUGCAGCAACUUCCUUGGGUCCUUUUUUAAGAUCCAUGUCAUCUGCUGUGCCUUGUCUGUCACACUGGCUGUGGACAGUGCUGGGGGUGCCUCGCAGUUUGCCAGUCUGUGUGUGAUGCUGGUGGUGAUGGUCACCAUGCUGGCUUUGGGAGCUUACCUCCAGCCGCUACCCAAGUCUGUGCUUGGAGCGCUCAUUGCGGUCAACCUGAAAAACACUUUGCUGCAGCUCUCUGAUCCCUACUACCUGUGGAAAAAGAACAAGUUGGAUUGCUGCGUUUGGGUGGUGUCCUUCUUGGCCACAUUCUUCCUCAGCUUGCCAUAUGGCGUGGCCAUCGGCGUUAGCUUCUCCAUCCUUGUGGUCAUUUUCCAGACACAGUUCCGCAAUGGAUCAGAGACGGCGCAGAUUAUGGGCACUAACCUCUACAGGAACCCCAAGGUGUACAGCAAGGUAAAGUUCGUUGAGGGUGUGAAAAUAGUCAACUACUGCUCCCCCCUCUACUUUGCCAACGUGGAGAUUUUCCGCCGAAAAGUCAUCAAAAAGACCGAGUUGGACCCAGGCAAGCUGCUGCUGGCCAGGAAGAAGUUUCUGAAAAAACAGCAGAAGGAAAAGGAGGAGAAGAAGAAGGCCACUAGAAAGCGGCAGAUUAGUAUUGUUCCCCAAACCUUGACAACUUCUAAGCUGGAGCUGCAGAAUGACUUUGACAUCACUAGUGAAAAUGGCACCAGAAAGUCCAGCCUGCCUACAUCUUACAUCAACUACCACGGUGAUAUGGCUAAUCUAGGCGAUGACCAGAACCAGGCCUGUGAUUCGCCUGUCACCAUGGAGCCCCGCCCCCCGCCCUUCCACACGCUCAUUCUGGACCUGGCUGGGGUUUGCUUUGUUGACCUCAUGGGCAUCAAGGUGCUGACCAAGAUGAGCUCCAGUUAUAAGAUGUUGGGGAUACGUCUGUAUCUGGCCAAUGUUCAAGCCCAGGUGUACGAGGAGCUGGAGAUGGGAGGGGUGUUUGAGGAAGGAGGCAUCGCUCACAGUGACCUCUUCCCCUCCGUCCAUGAUGCCAUCCUCUUUGCUCAGGAGAGAACGAGGGGCACUGAGAAUAUGUAUAAGAAAGUGACGAGUUCAGAUUGA